AUGGCUGGCUUUGAAGAUAGUGAUGUGAAAAUUCGAUCUCCCAAUUCAACUAUAUCAUCUUCUGUUCAAUAUUUCCAUCUAGAAUAUGUCACAAUCAAUUUAUACAGUCUCCUAGCUGUUGCACCUAUGCUUCACACUCUUGAAGCCAGAUUCGUCAUUCCCGAUCUAGAAUUAGGUAGAAGUCAACCUCGUCUAUUAUAUUUACAACGAUUACGGAUUGAAUUGGAGAGUAUUACUUGGAUACAAAUGACAAUUUUACUUUCGUUAUUUCCACGACUUACCUAUUUCACAAUUAUUGCUAACCGUGUGAAUAAUGAUAUGGCUGAUGGUUAUGCUUGGGCACGAUUAUUACAACACAUCGAACAUUUUGAAUUUGAAUUGGAAUUCAAUUCUAAUGUCUUCGAACAACAGCCAUUCAAUCUCGAUUCAUUUCGCACGAAAUUUUGGCUCGAAGAGAAAAAAUGGUUUGUUACAUAUGAUCGAAGCUUUAGCUUUGAUGAAUGUUUAAUGCACUAUGUGAGUUCAUCUUCUUUUAUGACCUCUUCAACACCGGAGAGGAUUCGAACGAUAGUAUCUGAAUCAACUGCAUCCGAACAAAAAUCAUAUUCUAAUCUUCAUUC